AUGCUGCUGCUCUGGGGGCCCCUGCUCUGCUGGGGGCUACUGCCCCACACCCAAGGGGAAGCCCACAACCUGCUGUUACGGAUCAGCAAAGACCAACUGGAGACAGACAUCUCAGAUCUGCUCUGGGAGAACCAGAUCCUGAGUCGCUUGGUCAAGAUACCCGUGACGGGGCCCCCAAGCCAGGGUGUCGCUGUCCUGGACCACCUCCCCUUCAUCAAGGAACGCCUCUCCCACAGGCACAGUGGCCUGCAACUGUCACAGGUCGGGGACCUGCUCUCUGGGAGGAGCACCCCUCUGCUGAGUCAGCUGCUCCAGGCAGGCAGGUUGUUCAUCGAAGAUGCCAGGGGACCUGAAGUCAACCUUGACAUCCUGAGCAACAGCCUGCUGCAGGUGACACUGCGCUGCAAACUGUACCUCUCACUCCAGGGGUUCCUGUGGCUCAAGGUCAUUAAGAACAUUCGCAUCGGAGUCCGACUGGAACAGACCAAGAAUAGAACCCAGGUGGUCCUGGAGGAGUGCCACACCCCGCCUGGCUACCUGAGCAUUGAGUUCCUGGAGCAAAAGGCCUCCCUCGUGCAGAACAAGCUCCUGAGGCUGGUGACGGGCCUUCUGGACGAGGCGCUGCCCUUCCUCCUGCAGAAGAUUGUGUGUCCCAUGGCCAUGAACCUGCUCAACCUGCUACUGGAAGACCUCCUGCACAUCACUCUGCCCCCAAGCAGCAGGAGCUGGGAUGACUUCCAAUACUACAUCACCUCCACGGAGUUCACAGAGGAGACCAUCCUAAUGCAAGCCCUGCUCGUGACCCCCUGUGGCUCAAGCCAGAGGGCCCCUACGCCUGAGUACUCUGCCCUCCAGCCUGUGCCGAGGUUGAAAUCGGGCAGUGUAGCAGACUUGGUCUUCGGGGUGGAUGUCUACAACGACAUCGUGUCCUGCCUCUACAGCAGUGAGGACAUCCGUGUGCACCCCCAGGACCCCCAAGCUGCUGACCUCAUUCAGCUGCUGUCCCAGAGCAAGCUGGAACCUGGGUCCGAGAACCUCAUUCAGGUCUUUGAUCAGUCAACAGGGGGUGUGGGACUGGCCAUCAGAGCCCCUCAUCCUCCCACCAUCCACUUUGAUGGCCACAAGUUCACGGUCAUCCAGCCAGGCUCCCUGGUGCUGUCAGGGACCAGCAACAUCUCUUUGGUCUCUGUUUUCUGGAAGACACAGCUGCAGGACCUGCUCUCCAAGCUCCUGAGUAGAACAUUCCUGCCCUACCACAACCAGCGACUCAGAGACCACGGCCUCCCGCUGCCCAGAAUCAAAGGCAUCUCCUUCAACCAGGCCCAGGCAGACCUCUGCCAGGGGUUCCUGCUGCUGACCAUUCUGGAAUAG